CUGAUAACAGCUGGCGAAAAAUAAAUUGCCAAGUGAAGAGAUCCAAUCUAAUUACUUUUCUUAAAGCGGAACAGGAAGUAGACAAAAUGUGUAAAUACUCUGAAACAGAAACAGACGCUGAUGAGCAAGAUUUAAAUUAUGUGACAGACAAUAGAGAUAUAACGUUCGAGGAAAUUGUUCGAGAUUGCAUUGAGCGCGAUAGUAUUUCUCCAGGAGCAUUGACUAACAUAGUCGAAGCAUCAUCAUCAGAGAGGCAAGAAAAUGAUGUACUAUGUCAAAUUGAUGAAACAAGCCCUUUAGAAAACGCACCAAUAGAAAUUCAUAUUGAUUCCAACGUUCAACAAAAUGUGUCUCAGCCUGACAAAGCAAGAAACUUAGGAAACUCACUAAUAUUAAUUCAACCUCAAGCUACCAAUACUGAUUCCAAUGCUCAGCAGAAUACGACUACCGAAGUACAAAUUGAUAACGCCUCUUUAACUUUGAUGGUUCUGGGAAAGAUAGAAACGUUGCAAGAAAAUUACAAAACUCUCAACGAGAAAGUAACAGAAAAUAUCAAAGCCCAACAAGAUGACAGAAAAUUUAUAAGUGAAAGCAUACAGUCCAUUAUGGCCGCUAUAUCCAAUAUUAGCGUUCAGUUUGAACAUGUAAUGAAACAGUUUAGCAGUGCAGAAAAUAAAAAGCAAAAAGUAACCAUACAGAAUAUUGCAAGUGAAAACGAUCUUAACAAUUUUGAAAAAGAGUUGGAAAAUCCGGAUACAGAAGUAGAAUGGAAGAAAAAGUUUUUGAUUAUUUGCGGGAAAGGAAAAGGUCGGGGGAUAAAUAACGCAUAUGCAUUGUCUGAUUCAAUGUUCACUAGAAGCUUUUUAAACCAGUGCAGCUGGGCUGGAGGAUCUCGAACGCCUGAACAAAAGAUUUGCUUCAAAAGCCACACUAAAAUCAUAAAUUUCUUUUUUGAUAUUGUUCAUGAGUCAGAUAGUUCAUUUACCGUAAUAGAAUGCCACCAAUUCUUCAAAACCAUUCUGAAAAACUCACGCUCACGCAAAGAAAGCAAACAAGAAAGAACAUCUAGAACAAAGAAUCGACCAAAAAUAAAAGCAAACCGCAAGAACUUGUGUAACCGAAAACAGACAUAUUUACCCAUUACCGGAACAUCUGCACAAGAGAAUCGCUCAGAGGCCUCUUCACCAGUUGCUGGUACGUCUGCCUCUGGUCCAAAAAACUGCUCAGAGGUAUCAGUUAUUGGAAAGUCUGUCCUAGAAAACAACGACCAGAUGUCAUCUGCAUCUGUCGCAAAAAUACAUACUGAGAUUACUGAGUCACUUGAAACAUCUGUUUAA